AUGCAAGUACGCUCGACCGAAGCGAAAACACCGACACCUAACUCGAUUAAUCGAACCUUUACGAUUCUAGACGAUAUCAUAAACAACCCAUCCCUAUUUUCUUGCCGUAGCAGUAACGACAACAGCAGCAGCAGCAGCAGUAGCAGCAGCAACUUCAAUAGCCAAAACAAUUAUAAAAGAAUUAUCGAAAAUAAUGUGGCCCUUACUGAUGUCGUAAUCCAAGGAAAGAUAAUCAAGAUCAAGAAGAAACACUACACUGGCGACAAGGCCACGGAAUUGGUUAAAAAGUUUAGAAAAACCCUUAGUGCAAACUCGAUUAGAGUAGUAAAAUCACAAAAUAAAAUUAGUAAUACUACCACUACUACUACUACUACUUCUACUAUUACUAAUAAUAAUAACAAUAAUAAUAAUAAUAACAUGAGCGGUAGUAGUAGUAGUAGUAGUAGUAGUAGUAAGGCAGGUAAUUUUAGUAACAGAAGUAUUGACAGUAAUAGGAGCAAAGUUUUAAAAUCUAGAAACAGUAAUUAUGGUAGUAGUAAUGGUAUUGGUGUUGGUAGUAGUAGUAGUGGUGGUGGUAGUAGUAGUAAUAAUAAUAAUAUUAGUAACAAUAUGAAUAAUAAUAACAGAAUUAUUUUAAGCAAUAAUAGAAGUAGUGGUAGUAGAAGUAGUGGCAGUAGUAUUAGAAGUAUUAGAAGUAGCGUUAGUAGUAAUAGUAGUGGUAGUGGUAGUAGUAGUAGUGGUGGUGGUGGUGGUAGUAGUAGUAGAGAAAGAAACAUCAACGGCAGCUAUCGAUCUAAAUAUAUCAAUACAUCUCGGAAGAGGCAAGCUGGUUACAUCAACAUCAAUGACGUCAUUAACAACGACAUCACCAACAACAAUAACACCAACAUCAUUGACGUCCUCAACAGCAACGUCAGCAGCAGCUACAGCGGCCACAGCAACGACAACUCAUCAUCAGAUCAACAAAAAGUUCAACCAUAUGAACGCCUACGCCGGCAGCAACCACAACAGCCACAGCAGCAACCACAGCAGCAACCACCACAGCCACAAAAACGUCAACCACAACAGCCACAGCAGCAACCACAACAGCCACAAAAACGUCAACCACAACAGCCACAGCAGCAAGUCGCAAUAAUAUCCAUGACAUUGAGGGUCGAGAAGGUUCACCGGGGUGAGCACUUGGUGCAGCCGACACAAAAGCAGAAAGAAAAAUGCCUUAACCUACACUGUAUAAACUCCAAAGUCUUAAAAAACCCGAAACCGGUCAUGAGAGCCCGACUAAUCGUCGAUACCACUAAACACCGACUCGCUAUGAAUCGACUUUUUUCUAGAAACAUCCCUAGCAGCAGCAGAAGUAGUAGUAGCAGCAGAAGUAGUAGUAGCAGCAGAAGUAGCAGCACUAAUAAGAGCAGUAUUGGUGGCAAAAACGGUAAUAAUGAUAAUAAUAAUAAUAAUAAUACUAUCGCAAGUAUUAGUAGUAAUAGUAUCAGUAACAACAGCAACAACAACAAUAAUAAUAAUUAUUAUAAAAACAACAACCAAACAAACUUAACUAAAUCGCAACGACAACAGCAGCAGCAGCCAACGAAGCAGCGACAACAACGACGACAACAGCAGCAACAACAACAAAUGAAAGGGUAUGAAGGCCCACAGCAACAACAACAACAACAACAACAACAACAACAAAUAGACGAAUGCGGUUAUUACACGAUGCCCAACCUAAAAGUCGGUCAACAGUAUUUCUUCUUCCUCAGCGGCCACACCGAGCUAAAACCUAAGCGCUCUCUAAUCCGGAGAAAUAAGAGAGAUGGGGAUGGAUGGAGGAGGAGUGUUAUGAUUGGAGAUAGUGAUGAAUGGAGAGAAAGCAAUAGAGUUAGAGAUAGGACUGAAUGGAAAGAGAGUAGUAGAAAAAGAGAUAAAUGGAGAAAAAGAGGGCAGGAGAGAGACAGCGAAAAGUGGACAGACGUUAAAAAAAGUGACCAACUUUCGACGAUACACAGAGAUGAUGAUGAUGAUGAUGACGAUAACGAUAACGACGAUGAUGAUAAUGAUGGUGAUAAUGAAGAAAAAGAGGACGACGACGAUGAUGAUGAUGUAGAAGAAAGAUUAGUGAGUAAACUUAGAAUAUUUAAAAGAAGCCUUGCCAAAAACGGGAUUGAAAAUGCAUACCGCCAAACGAACCAACACCAACUGUACAAUAAUGAUGGUGACGAAGAAGAAGAGGACGAUGAUGAUAAUGACAUGGGUGAAGAUGACGACGACGAUAACGAAUUUAUGUCCGGCAUAAUGAAAUGUAAUUUGAAGAGGUAUCACAUCGAUAGGUUGUUCACUACGGAUAUAUUCCCGGCUAUCUUCAAUAGAAACUUGACUAAUGUUAUCAAGAGAGUAGCUUGUUGUGCUGAGCCCCCAGGCAUCGACCCGCGGACCACCGACUACCUCCUAACAAACAUCAACGAACGAUACGAGGACAUAGAAUGUUUCGCCCACGGCACCCCGACUCCGAAGAUCACGUGGUACAAAGACGGCCUCCCAUUGGUUGAAGGAAAUAGGGUCAAGUUUUAUAGGUCAGAUGAUUGA